AUGAGCUCGUAUUUAGUAUAUUCAAAUGAUGAAAUGGCCCAUUAUGAUCGCGAAAUGACCAAUUCUGAUCGCGAAAACGGAAUGCAAGAUGAGAUUCUGCUUCCUACGAUGAGUACUGUGCUGUACCGUGUGGCUUGGAGACCAUCCGCGCGCGGAAACGCGACGCGGGUCAACUUUGAGAAUCGUCACCGGAACGCUCUCGCCCACCCUUGGUUGCCCUGGUUGCACUCGAGCAUCUCUCCGUCUGAAAUCCGAAGGCGUGAGAAUUGCAUGCGAGAGUUCCUCGACUUCGUCCAAGACUUCGGAUGCCCACCGCCGGUCAGACUGAAAUCCCCGAAACCAUUCUGGCAAACAGCUCGCGACCUGAUGGCGUCGUCUUUCGGCACUGAAGAAGAGUGGAGAAAAGAAUGGCACGACUCCACCGUGCCAAACAGAUUCCUCAUCGAGAACGCGACCAGAGAACCGCCGAGCUCUCGCCCGCGGAAAUUCUGGGUCACACUGAACCAGAUCCGCACGCCAGGACCAGGCACUAUCUGUACAAAUGGCAGUACAAGUGGCACUACACGCACUGGAUAUGGACUCUGCAACCUGGUUAUCGACUUCGCAAUCUGGAGACAGGCAGAGAAGAUAGCUGAACUGAAGGCUAAGGAAACUCGUGAAGCUAUCAAUUCUCCCACGAGGAACGCAGUCAACCAGAGGCUUCGAGAGGAGAGAGUGGACGACAUCGCCGUCGAUGAGUACGAAAGUCCUGUUGAACUCGAUCACGAGGGCGAGGCAGAUCCUGUGCCGAAAGUCAAACUUGGCCCCGAUGGACAAAUCAUCAUCGAUGAACAGAGUCUUAUGAUCGAGACGACGGCGAAGAAGCAAGCGUCGAAACUGAUCGAGAAGAGUCCAGUCAUAUUCGAGGGAGACUUUCCCCGGCCUUUCAAGUCGAGCAAACGCAAGUCGAGGCCGAAGGACUGGUCCAUCAGUGAAACGAAACGGUUCUACAAAGCGCUCAGCAUCGUCGGAACGGACUUCAGCAUCAUGUUGUCGCUCUUCAAGAACCGGAAGCGGUACGAGUUGGUGCGGAAGUACAAGCGAGAGUUGGCCAUGAACCCGGCCCUCGUCGACAAGGCCUUGACGGCUGGGAUGGACUUCGAUCCUGGCUAUUUUGAUGACAUCAUCUGCAGUUCGAUCCCUUCUCAAGAGAUGUGGAAUAUGCCAGAUGUGUCGGUGAAGGCGUUAUCAACUUUGCAAAGUAGGGAGGAUGCCCGAUGGAACAGACUGUUACUUUUCUCUGCCGUGGGAGCACCCCAGAUUUGUGGGGUUGUGGUACUGGCAGCAUGGUAUUGGCAUCAUAAUGGGGUAAAACCAUCAAAGUUCGGACCUGCUGCAAAAAUUGUUGCAAAACUUAGCGUUCGCGGGGCCGCCUUCAGAAAUGGUAACAUGAGAGGAAUUCGUUACUGA